AUGGCCUCCCGCAGGGUCCUCUCCUCCCUCCUCCGGUCGUCUGCUUGCCGUCGCCCUCCGCCGCCGGGAAGGUCCCCCUUCACCGCCGCCGGUCCCAUCUCCAGGGGCUCCUCGCCCUCUUCGAUCCCCCGCACCGCCAACCCCGUGGGAUACCUCCUUUCGCGGGCCCUCGAGUACGCGACGGCGGCGGCGGCGGCCCCGGCGGAGGCGCCGCAUUCACCGGCAAAGGCGGCGGAUGGGCCCGGAGGGAAGAUCACCGAUGAGUUCACCGGCGCCGGCGCCGUGGGACGUGUCUGCCAGGUCAUCGGCGCCGUCGUGGACGUCCGGUUCGACGAGGGCGGAUUGCCACCGAUCCUGACGGCUCUGGAGGUCCUGGAUAACUCGAUCCGUCUGGUGCUCGAGGUGGCGCAGCAUCUGGGGGAGAAUAUGGUGAGGACGAUCGCUAUGGACGGGACCGAGGGGCUGGUGCGCGGGCAGAGGGUCUUGAACACUGGCUCUCCUAUCACUGUGAGUAAAUGACAUUGAAAUUCUCUAAAAAAAGUCAAAUGUCGGUAUUAUGUUGACUGGAAUUUGGUGCUUACGCUUUUUGGGCGUCCGAAAUUUCCAUUUAUUUCCAUCUCGACUCUGCUGACCCUCUCCCCAAUAAGUGCAUAAGAAGUUGUGUUUAUCCAUCACUUUUCAUCACCGAUUCGUUGAUGGCUAUUAUUUGAGGCGAAUCCUUGGGGAAGACAUUCCUUAGCAGUUCUAGUCACGCGCUGAUUGUCUUCUGACCUGUGUUUUGAGACGUAUUCCAUUGAAUUCAUGGUUCUGUUCAAUUGGAGUGUUAAGUGGUUUGUUUGAGGUGAUAUCUCUACUGAUCAUAAUUCGGUUGUGCAUUAUUUUGCAUUUUUUGUUGUUAGGACUUGUAUAGUCUCUAUGCGUACAGAGAAAAAACAAUUAUAUUGCUGAUUUCCCUCACACAAUUAGUUUUGGACAGAACUAGAAUUUCUAUUUUUUGUUUUAUAUUUGAGAUUAUUGUCGAUGUUCCACACACAGUGAGUUCCUGAUGGAGUUAGAACCAGAAACUUCUGCCAUUUUUUGUUGUGCACACUGAGGGGAGUGUCCAUUGAUCUUUCUUCCUAGCUUGAAUCCAACCUAAUUUGUUAACUCAUUUCUUUGUGUAUAAUUAUUCGUAAUCAGGUGCCUGUUGGUAGGGCCACCCUUGGGCGUAUCAUGAAUGUCAUUGGUGAGCCCAUCGAUGAGAAGGGUGACAUAAGUAAGUUCACUAGAGCAGCUAAAUAUUUCGAUUAAUUCACACUGCAAUGAAAUGAUCGUUGUUUGACAUUGAUAGGUAGGGGUUGUGCCACAUUCGCCUGGUAUUUAUUAAUUUAUCCUUUCAGAAACGGAUCACUUCCUCCCCAUCCACCGUGAAGCGCCUGCUUUUGUUGAACAGGCGACUGAACAGCAGAUUCUUGUCACUGGAAUCAAGGUUCUAAAUAAUGAUCACUGGAAGAUCAAUUAUUAUUUGGAUUAUUCGUAGUUAUAAUUGCAAUGUCAGUUACAGUAUUUAACAAGAUGUUCCCCUAUUGUUGCAUGCCACAGGUUGUGGAUCUCCUUGCUCCCUACCAGAGGGGUGGAAAGAUUGGACUGUUUGGGGGUGCUGGCGUGGGCAAGACUGUGCUUAUCAUGGAACUGAUCAAUAAUAUUGCAAAGGCUCACGGUCAGUGCGGAGCAAUUUUUAUAUUAUUUUUAUUUCUCAUCGACACUAUGCCAAUGUGGGGUCGACGUUUUCUCUGUCAGGUGGUUUCUCUGUUUUUGCUGGUGUUGGGGAACGAACCCGAGAGGGGAAUGAUCUGUACAGGGAGAUGAUUGAAAGUGGUGUCAUCAAGCUUGGUGACAAACAGGUCUGCAUUUCAGCUUCAUUAUUUCUUUUGUUUGAUGUUUUUUCCCUCCUCUAAUAUGGUCUUGCCCUUGCAGAGUGAGAGCAAGUGUGCUCUUGUUUACGGUCAGAUGAAUGAGCCUCCUGGUGCUCGUGCUCGUGUUGGGUUGACUGGUCUAACUGUGGCUGAGCAUUUCCGGGAUGCUGAAGGGCAGGACGUGCUUCUCUUCAUUGACAACAUAUUCCGUUUCACUCAGGUAUUGCUGCUAGAGUAAGACGACGUCUGUGUGACAUUUUUCAGUUCUUUGACUUCAUAUUUUAUUUUGGUUAAUGGAAUAGGCAAACUCCGAAGUGUCUGCUCUGCUUGGCCGUAUCCCCUCUGCUGUUGGUUACCAACCAACUUUGGCCACGGAUCUUGGAGGGCUUCAAGAGCGUAUCACAACGACAAAAAAGGGUUCCAUCACAUCUGUUCAGGCUAUUUAUGUGCCUGCUGACGAUCUGACAGAUCCAGCUCCUGCAACUACAUUCGCCCAUCUUGAUGCCACCACUGUGUUGUCACGACAGGUUUUCACACGUGCCAUCGCUUUCAUGUUGAAGUACCUGUUUUUCGUGGCAGCCUGUAUAUAAUCACUUUUUUUUUUCUUUACAGAUCUCCGAGCUUGGAAUAUACCCUGCCGUUGACCCUCUUGAUUCCACAUCUCGGAUGCUCUCUCCCCAUAUUUUGGGUCAGGACCACUACAGUACUGCUCGUGGUGUUCAGAAGGUUCUCCAGAACUAUAAAAAUCUUCAAGAUAUUAUCGCUAUUCUGGGGAUGGAUGAACUCAGUGAAGAUGAUAAAUUGACUGUUGCUCGUGCUCGAAAGAUUCAACGAUUUCUCAGCCAGCCUUUCCACGUGGCAGAAGUAUUCACGGGUGCUCCUGGAAAGUACGUGGAAUUGAAAGAGAGUGUGAACAGCUUCCAGGUGAGAUUUUUCAGCCUUUCUGAGAAUGUUCACUUUUUCUUCCCCGAUUUAUACAAGAUAUUUUUUCAUUUUGUUCUGUUUCUGUCAUUCUGAUGGGUAUGUAUCUAUUUUGUAUUACUUUUUUCUGUACUGCUUCUAUAAAUCUUGAGAAUAUCAAAGUCAAUUCUCUUUGCUUGAUAAUAUCGUGACUGUAGCCUAAAGAGGAUCAGAUAGUGUCCACCCUUGAUGCUAUCUCUUGGCAGAUACCCACGAACAUCUUGAUCCACACUCUCUUUUGAUUGUUUUUUUUUUCCCACUGUCCAUGACUGGACUUUUGAGUACCUUAUAACGUUUACUUUUGGAGCCAUUCGAAAGCACCCUUUUAGCAGCCAAAGACACUUUGUUCAUUCUCCUCAUUUCGAAUCACAAUUGCUUUCCUCUGUACAUUUCCUAACUAAAUUUUUUUGCUAUUUCGAUUGUGUUGCGUUUGCAAGCCCUCAGAAGAUCUGCCCCGUUCUGUGCUAUACCUAGUACUGAUCUUACGACUGUGAAAUUAUCUCCUGUAAAUUAGAGCCUAAAUUAGAGGCUUCUAAACUGCACCAUCUAGUCCAAAGAUUGCCUAAUUGUAAACCUUUAUUAAAGCGACGAACUUGUAAUAUUGUGUUCUUUGGAAUUCAUUGAACGCUUUUGUCCGGCAUAAAUUUCUUGUCGCCCUAGGUUUAAGUGAUGAACGGCCGAUUUAUUUUUCUUGGUGUGGCUCAAGUUGAAUUCCUUUUGGCGCUAAAAUAUGUGUUUAGCGCUAAUAUCUGGUCGUCAGUCAUGGAUUAUCCCGAUUUACUGUUUCUUUUUAUCGAGUAUCAAUCAGUGCAUUAAAAAAUCUCCCACAAGUUGUUCAAUAAGUGAAUUGUAAUAAGGUGCGAGUCUUUCCAGAGGUAUUAUCCAUUGGAACAGACGAAUGGAAUGAUGUGGAAUAGAACUUCCAUCCAUGAGAUUUAGUGGAAAAUUGCUAGACUGUAUAUAAAUCUGGGUUGUUCACAUGGUUAAAAUUCACAGACUACAUCUGUGAAAACUGUAUUUGAAAUUUUCAUGCGACGAAUGACGUCACAAAAUUCAUUUUAUCAUUACCUGGGUGUUUCAAAGCAGUUUAUACUUGAUUGCUUUCUAAUGACGGCUGAUAUUAUGAUUCAAGUGGUUUUAAACGAUGAGUAAAUGAAAGGUAUAAAAAAUGGGUGUAGAUAAUGCCCGAUCAAUAAAAAGUGAGGAACUACGAUUUGCAUACGAGUUUUCUGGGGCAAGAAUUACAUCAAAAAGUACGUUUUUGAACUGGGAUGUGAGUUUUAACUCAAUUUGUUUUCGAUUAUCGAUCUUUCUGAAUCAAUCAUUGACCUGAUGUUGCAAUUCGGUUAGUCUCCACGGCGCAAACGUUCCCAUUUUAGUUCAUCUCAUGGACCAUGUUGGUGUCUCUGGCCCCUGCAAUGCUUCUCCACCAAGAAGAAGGUGGUCGUGGUUGGUUGACUUUGCUCCUAUUUGUUCAAAUGCGUCACACCAGCGCAUCAAAAGGCGUGCUGGAACAUCAUUUAAUGGACCUCCUUCCUUCCCAUAAAUCUUUUUCUUUCAACUUCUCUGGUUCUGAGCCAGAAGUUAUAACUUGCAUUAGGGAUCUAAGCUGGUGGGUGGGUUCUCAUAUCACGAUUCUUGUCUAUUAUGAAGAAGUAGACCUCUCCAACAGCAACAUCUCCCUGGUUUGUCCCUGCAGGGCGUUCUGGACGGCAAGUAUGAUGAUCUCCCUGAGCAGUCCUUCUACAUGGUUGGAGGGAUUGAGGAGGUGAUUGCCAAGGCUGACAAGAUCGCCAAGGAGUCCGCUGCCUGA